UACAGCAAAGUGAGAAGGACGUUUAGAAAAAGCAAUACAAUUAAAAAUAAAAAUUGAAAAUAAUUAAAAGGUUUACACGUGGAAAACAAAUGUUGAGAAUUUGGUGGAAAUAUUUAUUUACCUUCGUUUUGAGUUUUAACUAUGCUCAUGCGGCCCUCAUCACGGCCACCACCACCAGCAACGAAGAUGUGAAAUUGGAUUUAAAACAAAUACUGCGUUUGAAUAAAACCAAAGAAAUGAAAAGUUAUUUGAAUGAGUCAUCGGAUCCGUGUGACAAUUUUUACGACUUUGUCUGUGGAAAUUUUGGGAUGACGGAAAAUGAUGUGGGGUCGGCCACAAUGCCAAACAUUAAUUCAUUGAUGGGAAAAUUUAAUGAUUUGUUGCGAAAUGAAUUGGAAGUGGAGAAGGGUGAGGGUGAGGCUGAGAAAUCGGAUAAUUUGGUGGAUAGAAAAUUGAAGCAGUUCUACAGAUCCUGUAUUAAUAUGAUGACCCAGAAGGAUGCUUGUGUUGCCAGCCGCAGGGAGUUUAUUAAGAAUUUCGGCAAAAUGCCAGCCUUGUUGGGAGAUAAUUGGAUGGAGAAUGAAUUUGAUUGGUCCACUGCCAUUGCUGAGAUUGCUUACAAAACCGGAGAAUCGAUUAUCUUACGCCUGGGUACAAUGACCGAUUUUCUGGACAACUCCCAGAAUCGUGUGGCCAUAAUGGAACAGGAAUUUGACGUGCCAGCCGUCCAUUUAUAUAACAACAAAGAAUAUGCGGACUAUAAAAUUGAUUAUUGCUUGACAGUUUCGUUAUAUUUGCAGAGCAUGCUGGGCUUGGAAGAGGAUCGGGCCAAUGAGGUGGCAGAGAAAAUUGUUGAUUUUGAAAUUGAACUUAGCCAAGGAAAAAUCGAUAAACAUUUGGGUUUACAAAACAGUGAAAUCUAUAUAAAUCUUAUACCGCUCGAAGAACUUUCUGCCAGGUAUGGGGGAGACCUCAAUGUCACCCAUCUGCUACAGACGGCCCUGGACUAUGUACCCACAGAGCUGUAUGUUAAUCAGAAAUAUUUGGAAACAGUUUUGAAGGUCAUACGCAGCACACCCAAAGCGGUGGUGGCCAAUUAUAUUUACUACAAAUACUACUCCACAUUGGAGCUGCCCUAUUUCGAGGAGUUGGAAGUGAUGAGGAUCAUGUGUGUCAGCACACUCCAGCAGCGUUUUUACAAACAAUUGGACAACAUGUUUUAUCGUAAAUACAUUACGGAGGACAUGAAACCCUCGGUGGAAUUCAUGUGGCAUGAACUAAAGACGGCCUUUCGCCAACAACUUCUCUCCCCCAAACUCCAAUGGAUGGCUGAGAGUACUCGUAAAUAUGCCUUGGAAAAACUGGAAGCAAUGCGUUUCACCAUACUCUCUUUUGAGGCGAAUAAUUUUACCCAGGAAUUUGCGCAACUGCAUUUGAGCGACACCAACUAUUUGGAAAACCUUUUGGCUCUGCAAAACCUAAAAAGCAAUUUGACAAGGGCUGCCAUAUAUGCCCCACCCCAACCCGAUGAUGAUGGCUAUGCUGCCUCCUAUGUACCCUCCUACUCGCCCAUUGAAAAUUUACUUAAAAUUCCCGUCAGUUUCGUCUACCAAUAUCACCUGUAUGCUUCGGCCUAUCCGAAUGCCCUGAACUUUGGCACUCUGGGCGUAUAUAUAGGCCAUGAGAUGUUGCAUGGCUUCGAUGAUGCCGGGCGCAAAUAUGAUGCCAAGGGUAACAGUCACAACUGGUGGCAGCCGCACUGCACGGCGGAGUUUCAAAAGCGCACCUCUUGUUUUGUUCAACAAUAUCAUCGCUACACUCUGCCAGAUGGCAAACAUUUGCCGGUGAUGCAGUUGCAAGCAGAAAAUAUUUCAGAUAAUGGUGGCAUUCGUGCUGCCUUCACUGCCUACCGGCAAUGGUAUGAGGGUGCGAAGAAACAGGACCCUCAAGUGGAGUCAAAUGAACUCUUAGCGGGUCUUAAUUACACCAAUGACCAAUUGUUCUUCAUUAGCUAUGGCCAGUCAUGGUGUUCGACAUAUGAACCCACCUAUUAUUCGACCAUUGAUGCCGUCCAUGUACCGUCGAAAUUUCGGGUCUUAGGUCCUCUAUCGAAUCUGCAAGAGUUCGCCACGGCAUUCAAUUGUCCCUUGGGUACGAAUAUGAAUCCUGUAGAUAAAUGUGAAAUAUAUUAAGAACUGUUAAAUGUUGUAGUUAUUUAUUUAAAAUAAGUAUUUUUUUUUGUUUAUAAAUGUGUUUUAUGCCGAUGUUCGAUUAUUUAAAUAUAUUUUGACUUCUGUAAUGAUUAUUCAAA